UCACGUGUCAUUUUACAGUGUUGCCAGCAGUAAAAUAUUUUUAAAUAAUUAAAUGUCCGCUUGUUGUUGGUGGGGGUAAAAGAAGCGUUAAAGCAGAAGUCUGCGCUAAUUACUAAAAGUUAGUGCCUAUAUAUUGUACUGUUGGGCAGCAGUCUUGCAAAUUAUACACACGGUGCCCAAAAAUAAACGACAAGGAUCCCUGUUAACGCUGAACGGACCCCAAGAUGCCAAUAGCUGGAUUAUAAGUGUUGUUUGGACCGUUUCAAGUGAUGAUAUAUCUGCUUUGUGGACAGCUCUGAGCCCCCUUUCUGCACGGUACAUUCACCCCCCGAGUACUUUCGUAAACGUAAACACAACAAAGUGACACAAAAUGGAUAGCAUCAACGACAGAAUAUUCCGCGAAACAAAAUUGCCCGUGUCCAGGAACUUGUUCGACGUGAGGCCUACGAAUGUGGUGAACUACGACAGAUAUAUACCGUCCAGAGCCAACAACAAUUGGGAAACCAGCUUUGCCACGAUACCAGACAAUAACCGGGGGCUGCAGCAGGGCAAGAAGACAAGGGAGACUGGGGAGAACACACGGGAUGGUUCAGUGUACAAUAUUAUAUUAAGGAACGAGAUAUUGGGUGAAAACAAUGAGGACAUUAAGUCACAAUGUGAUGACCGACAGGCUUUGACUCCUGUGAAAAGUAGGAACUUAUUCAAAUAUGGGACACCCGUUAAGAACGACCGCGCCCCGACCAAGGCAGCCCAAUCCAGCCCCUACUCCCUCUCCCCCCUGAGCGUGAGCAGCCAGCGACUGCUGCGGUCCCCGCACAAGGCCACCCGCAAGAUCUCCCGCAUCCCCUUCAAGGUGCUGGACGCGCCCGAGCUGCAGGACGACUUCUACCUAAACCUGGUCGACUGGUCGGUGCAGAACGUGCUCAGCGUCGGCCUGGGUAGCUGCGUCUACCUGUGGUCGGCCUGCACCAGCCAGGUGACCAGGCUGUGCGACCUGUCCAGCGACGGGAACGUCGUCACGUCGGUGGCGUGGAGCGAGCGGGGCCACCUGGUGGCGGUGGGCACGCACAACGGCUACGUGACGGUGUGGGACGUGGCGGUCAACAAGCAGGUCAACAAGCUGCAGGGCCACACGGCCCGGGUCGGUGCGCUUGCGUGGAACGGCGACGUGCUCAGCUCCGGCAGCAGGGACCGACUGAUCCUGCAGAGGGACACAAGGACGCCUCCCACUGUAACUGAGAGAAGACUGGUUGGCCACAGACAAGAAGUGUGCGGCCUGAAAUGGUCUCCCGACAAUCAGUAUCUGGCGUCCGGAGGCAACGACAACCGACUCUACGUGUGGAACAUGCAGUCGCUGUCCCCCGUGCAGACCUACACCGACCACCUGGCGGCCGUCAAAGCCAUUGCGUGGUCGCCCCAUCACCACGGCCUCCUAGCGUCAGGCGGCGGCACCGCCGACCGGUGCAUACGCUUCUGGAACACCCUCACCGGCCAGCCCAUGCAGUGCGUUGACACAGGAUCUCAAGUGUGCAACCUGGCGUGGUCCAAACACAGCUCGGAGCUGGUGUCCACGCACGGCUACUCCCAAAACCAGAUCCUCGUCUGGAAAUACCCAAGCCUCACCCAAGUAGCCAAGCUAACAGGUCACUCGUACAGAGUACUGUACCUGGCCCUGUCGCCGGACGGCGAGGCCAUCGUGACCGGAGCGGGAGACGAGACUCUAAGAUUCUGGAACGUGUUCAGCAAGGCCAGGUCGCAGAAAGAAACCAGAUCGGUGCUGAGCCUGUACACCGGCAUUCGAUAAAAGCAUUUUAUAUUUUAUUUUUACCGAAGUAUAUACAAAUGAUUUUACAUUAUUGCGAAAAAAUAUUUUUUUUUAUUGCAGAAAAGGUUUUUAUAUAUUGUUGACGAUGUGAUAUUGACCUUUUUAUAUUUAUUUAUAUACAUUUAUUCGAUUUACUACUUUUUAUUUAUUUAUAACUUUUUAUUUCCGUGAAAUAUCAAUAUACAUAGUUACAAAGUAACAAUCUUGACAUCAAAAUAAUUUUUUUUAUAUAUAUAUAGAUUAAGAUUUUAUAGAAUUAUUUUUUUAUAAUUGUGCAUUAAUUUUAAUGCAAAACGGGUUUAGAACCUAUUAGUCAUUAAUUUUAGGGUAUAAUAUGUACAAAACGAAUAUUGUUUUGUUUGGGAUGCAAUAUUUGUGUGUAAGUGUAAAAUAAAUAUAUACUUAUUGUACA